CGCCUUUGAAAGGGGGAGAUAAGACCCUCGAGGGUGUCCAAUAUUUUUUCGGAUCCAAACUUUUUAUUCUGUUUAUUCUGCCUCUGUUAGACUAACUAUGACUAUACUUAUCUGCAGUUAUAAUUUAAGAGUAAAACAUAUACCGCAACGAUUUAUUAUGUUCCGUUAUUCCGACGCUCUGAUUGUGAUUUAAUAGUGUAUAGAGUUAGACAUAUAGCGAGGGUUAGGGGCGUGGCUAAAGGUUGAGAAGCAUGAUUGGGCGUGUCGUAUGAUAAUUAGUGACCCCGCCUCUUUUGGGUGACUAGCUGCCUGAACUUGAACACUGACGGGCAGAAGGCUGCGACCGUGACCACAGCCGGCGGAGAUAACUCCAGAAGCCGACUGUGUAGUUUGGGUUUGUUUGUUUGUUUGUUUUCUGUAUUUGUUUUAAGACACCGUUUAAACCGGUAGUGUUCAGUCAUUCAGGACUUCGUAUAGGUAUUUAAGAGCGACUAAAAGCCGGGGAGUGUGCACAAAACGCUGAUAAUGUCCAGGCGCAAACUUGGAAGCCGACCGCAACACCUGAGCGUGAUUCAAGAUGCCCCAGAGCUCAGCGUGACUUCGAGCUCACCCUGCUCUCCUGAUCACAUAGCUGGAGGCAGCGAUCUACUGACAUGCGGUCAGUGUGGUCAGGCCUUCCCUCUGGCUCACAUCCUCACCUUCAUCCAGCACAAGCAGGGAGGAUGUAGCAGCACCAGGGCUGGCCCACUGGACCACACGCCUCAGUCUCCAGCCAAUCAUGCGUUCCGACGUGGCCCAGGCGUGCAGCUGGAAACAGGCUACGUGGAGUUGAAGCGGACAACAGGCAGGCGUUGGGAGGAAGAGCCAGGUGUGAAGGCGGAGCCUAGCCGAGCAGAUGAGCCAUCCAGUUUUACCUGCCUCGUAUGUGAGUGUGUGUUGCCUAGUGCGUGGGCUCUCCUCCAACACGCCCAACACACACACUCCCUGAGUCUCUACCAAGUCAAGGCCAAUCACCCACAAAAGCCCAAACCAGCGGCCAUGAUGGAUCCGCGCCACCUAGGCGCCACACUGGCUUCUGCCUUCCACACUUCUUCUGCCUUGAAACGUUUGCCGCGUUCCCAUCAGCCCCAGAGCCAUGCCCCUAUGUCAGGAGGACGGAAUAUUCAGAGCCUGAACUUCUCAAUGUGUCUGCAGCGGCUGGCUGAGGUGAGUGUUGGAAAUGGAGGAGUCGUGCCCUCGCCAUCUCCAUCUCCACCCGCUGCUUCUCCUUUUCCUCACUCUAACCCUCCAUUGCUAGGCGCCUUCUCCUGUGAGGUCUGUGGCCAGAAUUUCCAGUCCUUGCGCAGCCUCUCUGCUCAUCGGCGCACACAUGCCACUGAGAAGCCUUACCAUUGUGCUGUGUGCCAGCUCUCCUUUGCCCAAAGUGGAGAGCUAGCUCGACACAUGAGGAGCCACCGAAAGGUUCCAGAAAGCUCAUUAAAAUUGUCAGAAUGCUCAUUAAGAUUGCCAAAUUUUGCUGUUGCCACCACAAACGAGGAUGGGAAAGUCCCAAGCAGGUUUUCUCAGCAGGGAUAUGGGGAUGGGGGGCAUCAGGAAGGUGACCCUGCAGGUACAGGUUUGGUCCUGUUGGCAUCCCAGCCGGGAGGAGCCAACCGCAGUUUGCAAAGGUACUAUCAACUUCAGGCGGACGUAGACGAGGAGGUGCAGGUGGAGCCGCAGCAUCCUUCACCCUAUGGCAGCCCUUCAGAGGGCUCGCUGGACAGCGGAGAGACUGGUGAGAGUGGCAUCGCCAGCGGCAACUGUACUCCCAAGAGGCCUGAGCGAGACAACGAGAGAGAGGGCGAGGUGGAGGCAGAGGUGGAAGGCGUGGAUGUGGUGCAGGAUUGGCAGCAGGACAACGAGAGACGCCAGUCUGCUGGUCGCAAGAAGAAAGAAGAGGCAUGUGAAUUUUGCGGCAAACGAUUCCGCAACAGUAGCAACUUGACUGUGCAUCGGAGGAGCCACACAGGGGAACGGCCAUACCGUUGCGGUUUGUGCAGUUAUGCCUGUGCCCAGAGCAGUAAGUUGACACGCCACAUGAAGACCCAUGGCGCCCGUGGCACCCGUGCCCCCUUCCAGUGCCAGCUCUGCUCUGUGCCCUUUACUGUCUAUGCCACACUGGAGAAGCACCUGAAGAAGACACAUGGUAUUAGCCAUGCCACAGUUGGAGCCUACAGCCAGAACACACACUCUCUAAGCCCUCCUCUUGGAUACACCAACCUUGCCAUUAAAAUGGAGGAUGAUCCUACCAUCGAGCACACCGAAGCCCCAGUCCAAACAGUCACAGAGGUUGUGGAGACAUCCAAAACUCUCAAAGAAGAGGAAUCUGAGAUGAUGGUCACAACUGAUGGUGCUCCCUCACCCACUCCUGAAGAUGCCAGCCAUAAAGUAGAGUUGAGUCUUCCUCCAAGCACUGCCUGAACAUCGAGGAAUCAUUCAGGGAUCAUACUGACCAUAGCCUGCACACUAGAUGCUUGGAUCUGAUUCUACCCAUCCCCUGGUCAAUAUCACCCUCAAUAACUGAGGCACCAAAACCAUGUUUUGAUGAAUAGGAGCCACGUUCUGGGGUUGAUCAGCUAUCCUAGAUCAGAUUACAAUCAAGUGCCUACAUGUAGACAACUGUGACCAUUCCUGCAAGGAGUCGGGACUCGGUAUGAUAUUUAAAAUGUUUUGCACUCAUUACGGUGAGUGAUUUGACUUGUGAUAGUCCAGUCUGUCCAGGAUUAUAGAGACAGCGUGAUGCCUUUCAGCCCCAGAAGAAGACAGGUGAAUCAGCUUAGAGCAUCAAUGGCCAAGAAAGAUCAAGAUUGUCUGUACAUGAUUCUUAGUAGUUUUUGUUUUAAGAUUCUUAGAGGUUGGUUAUUUGUAACGAGCUCUGUUUGUUACAAGAAAUUACACACUCAAUUUUAGUGACUCUUAAAGUCAAAUUGACAUGGAAAGUGAGAUUUUUGUAAUGCUCUCUUUCCCCAACAUUUUUGAGAGAAUUAUACUGGCAAUGGGGAUUUUUUUUUUUUUUUUUGCUGGUUUCAACUGAAAAUCCUUUUAAACUUAGAAACAUUCUUAAUCUGUGUCCUGAACACUGGACCUUAAUUUUGGGAUACUGUUAAUAAUCAGCACAGUUUGGGUAUGUGGCAAUGAGCAUCAACAAUCAUAACACAGAUUUCUGUGUUCCUAAUCUCAAACAUGUAUGGCAAUGUCUUAGGGAUCUUUGUAAAUGUAUCUGAAGUCAUCGCUUACACAUUCUGUUCAUUGUAACCGAUUCAUCUCAAAACCUCUAGCUGCUCUUCUAUGCAUAAAGCUUAAUUUUAUAAUUAAAAAGAAACGGGUGUCUGUAUGCUUUCUGUUUUGUCUGUAUUGCUGUUUACAGAUUAAUGUUCUGUUUACAGGUUAUGUUUGUUUAACUGCAUGCCAUGAAACUUUAAGCUGUCUUUUGCUCUGUGUCUUUUCGUGGGUGCUGCAUGUUGUGUGAGUGCGCAAAUGAAAAGCCUUGCUUCAGAGGAAUGACUGGGUGGGGAACAGCACUGACCUGUUGCCUGGAGAACCUGCUGUGUGAGCACUUGUGUGUGUGUGUGUGUGUGUGUGUGUAAAUAUACAUAUGGGUUAAAACGUGUCUUAUUGUAUGUAUGCAGAAGAUGUUUAUUAGUUUAUUUUCUAUGAUUAUUGAUGUCUGUAAUCUAUCAGGGAACUGUUUGACUGUUUUCUUUUAAGUAAAAAAUACAGUUCUGACUAUUUGAAUAUAGACAAAUGUGAAAGGCCGUUGGGCACAACAGUGUCCACCACUUCAGGGAAUGACACGCUGUACAUAGAGAGCUUCACCCUCCCUAAUAAUGAUGAUCCAAUUUGUUGUUUGCUUCAUCUGUAUUGAUUUCAGUUAUAUCUGUUAUGUAUGUAUAAUAUUUUCCCCCAGCAUUCCAUGGGAAGUACUUUUGCUGUAAAGCAGCCAUAAUUUUGUUAUUCUGUGCCUGUGCAGGUGAAUAUUAAAAGACUGAUGCAAAGUCAAAAGUGUCCGUGUGUGUGUGUGUGU